GGCGGCCCCGGGCUCCAGGCCGCUGCGGCUGCUGGAGUGGAGCGUCAAAGUGGGCUCGGCCGUGCAGCUCGGGACGGUGCUCGCUCACUGCCUCCCCGUGGAAUACGACAAGAGCUCGGGCGGCUCUGACCACGAGAAGCCCAGGUCUCCAGCCAAGCCUCGGCCCCUGGAGAAGCGGGUGAAGUCGGACCGGGCCGGGGUAGUGACGGAGCUUUGCUGGCAGCUCGGCCAGGUGGUACCUCCCGGAGGUGUACUUGUCCGACUCGAAGGAUGCAACCAUCCUAUUGUUAUGAAAGGCCUCUGUGCAGAAUGCGGUCAGGACCUGACACAAUUACAGAAGAGGAAUGGAAAGCAACAGAUCCCGUUUUCCACCGCAACGGUGUCUAUGAUUCACAGCGUUCCAGAGCUGAUGGUUAGCUCCGAACAAGCUGAACAGUUGGGUCGGGAAGAUCAACAGUGGCUUCACAAAAACCGAAAAUUAGUAUUAAUGGUGGAUCUGGACCAGACUUUGAUUCACACCACAGAGCAGCACUGUCAACAGAUGUCAAACAAGGGGAUCUUUCACUUCCAGCUGGGGCGGGGAGAGCCCAUGCUGCACACUCGACUACGGCCUCACUGUAAAGAGUUCCUGGAAAAAAUCGCUAAGCUCUACGAGCUGCACGUGUUCACAUUUGGCAGCAGGCUCUACGCGCACACAAUUGCAGGAUUUCUGGAUCCAGAAAAGAAACUUUUCUCCCAUCGAAUUCUUUCAAGGGAUGAAUGUAUUGAUCCUUAUUCUAAAACUGGGAAUCUGAGAAAUCUCUUUCCAUGUGGUGAUUCUAUGGUUUGCAUCAUCGAUGAUCGUGAAGAUGUUUGGAAGUUUGCUCCCAAUCUGAUAACAGUGAAAAAAUACACGUAUUUUCAGGGAACUGGAGAUAUCAACGCCCCACCUGGAUCGAGGGAUUCACAAGUGAAAAAGAGAGUAAACCAUUCAUCAAAGCCCACAGAAGGUUCUGAACAGCCAGCGCCCACCUCUGCAGAAACUGUUAGUGCAAGCAACCGUUGUGCUGAAGAACCUGAGGCUAAAGAGCAGAGCAAUGGUCUCAGGGAGUGUUCCAAGAAGCAGAAUGGCAGCAGUGUUGAUGUGAAUGAAGAAUCGAUUAAAUGUGAUGAAUCUGUAAAAUGUGAAUCUAGUAUAAAUCCUUCUCCUUCACAAGACAGAGUAAAUGAAAGGUUAUCCUCGUGUGAUCCCACCAAUGCUUCUAGCACAAAAACUGUUGUUUCUGAUGCUUCUUCGAAAGUAAACGAAUCCGAACUCUCUUCUGAGUGUAGUAGAAAGACGGCAGAAUGUAAUGUAGAGCAGCCUGACAAAGUUAGUGAAAGUCAGUUGACUGCCACUCAGGUCAGCAGUGAGAUGGACUUUGAUUUGUCGAGUGACAGUGACGGUGAAUCUGUGGAGGCCAAAACAGCUUCUGCUUCACCCUCGCGUACCUCUAGCUCGGAUACCGAGAAGGAACAAAAAUGUUUGAAUGAGAAAAAGUCCAGUAAACAGCCCACGAAAGAGGCCAAUGUCCAAUUGGAAGCAGGACUCAACCAUUUAGAGAAGGAGCAAGUGGACCCUCUGCCUGAGCCAGACUCGCAAGAUAAGAGCACAGACCAAGGACUUGAGGCAGAAGAUGAUCAGGAUUCUCUUGGUGACGUGGGAAAUGGGUGCAACGAUAAGAAAGAGGCAGAAACAGAGUCGCAAAACAGCGAACAGUCUGGAGUAACAAUGGGGGAGUCUUUGGACCAGAGCAUGGAUGUGGAAGAAGAGGAAGAAGAAGACCAAGAUUGUGAUGACCAUUUGGUCUACCUGGAGACUUGCUUAGUCCAAGUGCACACAGAGUAUUAUGCCCAGUAUGAAAAGCAUCUUCGAAACGAGAGACAAGUGCCUGAUCUGCGUAAAAUUGUACCAGAAUUGAAGAGCAAGGCACUUGAAGGCAUAACUAUAAUAUUCAGUGGACUUUAUCCCACAAAUUACCCAAUAGAAAGGACAAGGGAGUGGUAUCAUGCCACUACACUUGGAGCCAAGGUUAACAAAACCUUAUCCUUGAAUCCCAAAGACCCCAAUAGGACAACUCAUUUAAUUGCUGCUCGACCUGGAACGGAAAAAGUUCGGCAGGCACAAGCAUGUAAGCUUCUUCAUGUUGUAAACCCAGAAUGGUUAUGGAGCUGCCUGGAACGCUGGGAGAGAGUUGAUGAGCAGCUCUUCCCACUGAAAGAAGACUAUGUAAAAACACAAAGAUGCAACAGCCCUGCCAGUUUCCCCGAGAUUCAAUGUGGUUUCCAAACACCAUUGUUGCAUCCUACCCCCAUUCACCCCAAGACUCAGCCAGGCCCUGAAGUCCGCAUUUAUGAUCCCAACACAGGAAAGCUAAUCCGAAAGGAUUCUCAGGGAAACAGACAAUCAACAUAUAUCCAACCCCCAGCUCCACCUGUUACGUUACCAGUUCAUGGAGAGCAGUCAUCAUUCAGAGUUGUACAGCCACAUCAGCACCAGAUGUUAGAUGAAGAUGAAUUGCCUAACUCCAGUCAAAGUGAGGAGAAACCUGGUCCAUCACGAGCUGGAAGUAGAAAGCGGCAGCCUAGCAUGUCUGAGACAAUGCCCCUGUAUACACUCUGCAAAGAGGACCUGGAGAGCAUGGACAAAGAGGUGGACGACAUCUUGGGCGAAGACAGUGACAAUGAAAGUGAGAGUGAAAAGGAAGAGAGAAUGGAGGAGAAGGAGCAGCCGCGGCCUAAGCAGGAGGAAAGGCAGCAGCAAGAACAGCAACAGCAGCAUCAGCAAACCCCAGAAACUGGAGCAAGUGAAAAACCAGAGACCGAAAUAGAAGCGCGGCCCAAUUCUUCAUCCAGUGAAGGAAGCUUGACAGGCAGCGUUCCCAGGGGGCACAAACGGAAGCUGGAGGAAGAUGAAGUCGGCAGUGAUUCCAGCAAACUCUCCAGCAAUGAGGACGACAGCAGUUCAGAAGCUGACGAAAUGGCAGCAGCGCUUGAAGCAGAGCUGAAUGAUUUUAUUUGAUGCACAUGUGGGAUAACAAUUUACUUAAUGUAACAGAUCUCAGACUUAACGUAACAUCCUGGAAUGUUGUAAGAUUUGCCAAUCUGUAGAUUCACUAUUGCCAGAAUUAGUAACCUGAUUACAAAUGAACUAAAAGAAUUAUUCUUAUGAGCAUUGUUUUAACAACAGAAUGGGAGUAAAAUUCCCUUUUUUAAACAAAAGUUUUUUCUGGAAUGUAGUAAUAUUACAGUAGAUUGGUGUGCUAUGCCAAAGAAUGAGGAUCGAUAGCUGCAGUGAUCUUACAGGACACUGCACAAAUGCAGAAACUUUGUGAUCUGUUAACAUAAAGUAAAUUCUUCAUUCACCCUUUUAUGAAGGGAUGUUACUGUGGACUCAACCGGGAAAGAUUUUUUUUUGCUCGGGGAGGGGGGUGGGUGCAGGGGAGGGGCUGCAAUGAUUUGAUUAAAUGAAUAGUUUGUUGCAUUUCAUGGUUUUAAAACGUUGUGUUACAGACGAGUUGGGUUCUUCAGAAGAACAUUGUGUAGAUUUAUAUUUGGAACUUCUGUGUAACUGGGAAUCUUAGCAUAGUCUGAUCUCCAGUGAGCUCUUUUUUCAUCCAUUUUCUCUUUCAUGCAGAAAAUAAUGCUCAGAUAUUCCAGUUUAAGGAUUUUAUUUUUUUGUGUUUUGUUUUGCAGGACUGAUGUAAAGUUUUUGUAUAUUCAAUUUCAUACACACUGAAAUUUUCUUUCAUUAAAUAAAGAUUUAAAAAUUAUUUUGUAAAUGUUGUGCAGGUAGAUUUCCUUCCUGGUGCUACGAGGCUGACUUGAUGUACUUCCUUUUUACAAUGUCUAUGAUGCAUUAUUAUUUCCAGGUGUGCUAUGCCACAUUUAGCUCUGACUCUGAGGUUUUCACAUUCUUCUUUAAAUAUCUAUUCUUGCUACUUCUUGCUGCUUCAGGACUGAAAUUCAAUAAGCAUAAACUCCCACAGCCCAGUGCAAGGAAUCAUUUGUAAAUCAGGCUUUCUUGUUGCAAGCAUUCUCACUGUUUACACUGCAGUUUUGCACACUUCUUGCUCUCUUCCAUCGAUUUCACUCAUAUUUCAGAUUUUUUUCACUUUAUUACUGUUCUCAUUAUUUUUGCAAAGUUGGUGUGUUUUUAAACCUGAAGCAUUGAUUGCGUUACAAUUUAAUCAGGUAACCUCUCACUGAGCUUUAUUUAAGUUAAUCGAACCUUAUAUUGGCAGAGAGCCAGAUUCCACUUAGAGAUCAGGAACUAUGGCCGACUACGUCAAGAAACAUUUUAUGCCAAAUGGAUCUUGAUCUUGACUGUAAUUAUCCUACCAAUACUGUCACACUGCUCUAAUUAUACCACUUGGGAACUCAGAGAGUAGUUGUGUUUUCAAAUGUCAAAAAUGUUUAGCAUUUCCAAUUUGGAAUCUAUUCUAUAUUGUUUAUUUACUCUAAUAUAGUCAAUAUUAGUAGCAGUGUAUUUACCUCUAUUUGUUCACUCUGUUUUAUUUUGCAGUCUCAUUAAAGUUGCCCCACAAGCAUGCUAUCUCCAGUUCACGCAAUUUAAUUGUCAGCUAAGAGGAAAAGUGAGCCUUUUAUUUUUUAAUAGACUUGGUUAAACAUGAAAUUGUGGUACACAUUACUUUGGGCUUCAGUAUGUCAAAGGACACAGUCCGCUUGUCAGAUCUCAUUCUAUUGGGUAUCAAUAGUCUUAUCUUGGUAAUAACCAAAUAAAGGAACAAAUUUAUUGUAUAUUGGUAAUGAAUACAAAAUGUCUAAAAUUGCAUAAAUUACAUAACUUCCUUGUC